ACGCAAGAAUGCUCAGCCGACGCUGCCACUUUCCCAACUACAUGCAUGUUGUCCUCGUGCUCUUUACUGUCUUGACUGGACUUACGCGGAUGCGCCUCGCGCUGGAUUGACUGAUCGAUAGCGCCACUGGCUAGUCUUUCGGCUUGCUCUAGGGAUGGAUUCGGGCGAUGCACAUCGAGGUCCAGUACACGGCUUCAUCCCGGUUUGUGCAAGUUGGAGGGGGCGUGGCAGCGACCUGGCUCUCUCUUCAUCCGCUUGUUGCUCAACAUUCCCUUCCCUCCACGUAGGUACAAAAACAGUUAAGCUGCGCAUGUCCACUCGGUGCUCAAAGCGACCAAAUACACGUGUUCAUACUCGCCUUUUCGAUAUUUGGACGUGCCUUUCGCCACAAGGCUUGAUUCUGCUGCUAGCCGAGGACGAUGCGCACAGGCCCUACUGCUUGCCGCCCCCGCGGGGUUGGCCGUGCUUUACCGAAGCUGUCGUCGGCAUCUCUGAUGCGAGCGUGCUCGCUGGCGUGUUGGUCCUCCCCGCGCAGCGCCUGCUCUUCCUGAGCAUGCAUCGCCGCCGUGCUGCAGCUUCGUCGCCUGGUGCAUAUGCGAACGACGCCGAGGGUAGUGCUGACGCUGGUCACACAGCGGCAGAGGUCAAGGUGCUGUGGCGUGUGUGGAGCAAGAGUUUGCGCGACAUCACGGUUGUCCAACUUACCAAGAACGCCGCCUGGUCUGAGGCGCCGCACUCGAUUGAAAGCCGCUCGGACGGCAACUACAUUGCAGCCAAGAAUGACGGCGGCGGCGGCGGUGCCGCGAAUAAGAUCCUCCUAGCCGCCGCCGGAACGCAACUGACUCGGGGUGACGGACCAUUGUGCGCGAGGAAGCUGCAAGUUGCAAGCAGCAGCAACAGCAAUGACAGCGAAAAGGAUGACAACGCGCCGUGCGUGUCCCGCAUGGUAAUCUUGCUCGACGCGGUGUAGGCUGCAUUCGCAUAGGGUACCCCGUCCUGCUUUGGAUCGUGUUCCUCGGCCAGCCCAUUGCAAGACAGAGAAGGCUGAAUGCGGGGCGGCCGCGUUGGACGCUGCAUGCA